AGCAGGAAGUGGAAGGGCGGCUGGGCUUAGUUGCAACAUAAUUUGGUCUGGGGAGUCUCACAGCUGCAGUAAGUGAGGGUGAAUUAUUGCCAUCAAAUGCAGACAUGUCUCCUACCAGCCUUGUGAUUUUACUUCUAUGUGCACCCAUAAUGGACCAGAUACCUCUGCAUGCCCCUGUUGGAGGCUCCAUCCUGAUUCCAUGCUCCUUACCAGCUAGUUCAUCUGAGAGUCUGAAAUGGUUUUACUGGCAGGAGGACCAGUCUCAGGACGUUUUAUUCUCCUGGGAUGCUAGUGGGAAAACAGAAGAAAUCCCUGAUAUAUACAGGGACAGGGUUGAAGCCUUCAAUACUGAGUUUAGUUCUGGAAACAUUUCCAUUAGACUUAACAAUGUUUUAGUGGGAGAUGACAAGAAAACAUUGUGUGCCAGUGUUGGGUGGAAGGGAGGUCCCAAACCGUGUGACCCAUGCUGUGAAUCCACAUUGCAGGUUUCAGCUCCAUACCAAGAUCUAGUCCUGACAGUUAAUGAGAAGAAUGCAACCUGCACAGCACGUGGAGGUUACCCUAGACCUCUAGUGUCCUGGACGGGUCAAAACAUAUCCGGCUCGGCACAGCUGCACGGAGCUCUGACGGAACUGCUGCAGGAUCCAACCGAGAAAACCUUCUCUGUCAAAAGCUCUGUCAGCGUGAAGGACUUACAGUCUGUAACCUGCCUCAUAUACAACCCUAAUUCCCACAAGACCAUCAAGGAAAACGUAGAAAUCGAUGUGCCUGGUGGGAGCCAGAGUCAACAUUAUGGGUUGUAUGUAACUCUUGCAGCUGUACUCGCUGCAGGUGCUGUACUCGUUUUCCUGUUGAGGCUGUGGAGAAAAUGUGAGUGA